GCCCGCCACGAUACUAAUGAAACUAGUCUCCCCCCAUCCUUCCACUUUCCAUCCAGCAGUUGAAGUUCCAGGAUGCGAUACCAGAUUCAACUUACAUUAGAUAGAAAGAACCGGACAAUAGCUAAGGUUUGAAUACCCCGUCAAGGGUGAGGACAAAAGAGGCAAAAAAAAUACUCACAAUGCUUUCGAUGCAUACGCACCGCAACAAGCAAAUGCCUCCCCUCUCUGAAUCCUUGGGAACAUGGAUUUGGUGUAGGCGGUCCGUUGAUGCUCUUUUUUGUUCCCCCUUCCCUUCCCCUUCCCUUCCCAUCGAAUGACUGCCCAAUGAAAUCCCGACAUGUGUGGGCGACUGCAGACCAGAUGGCACGGUGGGAGCAGGCGUUCGAAAGAGAAAAAAAGAGUCAGAAUGAAGCAGGUACAGCACCGGCUGGGGAUGAAUGGAUGAUGGUGCUGUCAACUUUGGGCGGGGUGUCAUUGCAUAUUAAGGGUCUGAUGAUUUAUGGAAGAUCUGGAGAUGGGAAAGAUGGAAUGGGUUCGUACGGUAUACCGGUAAAGGUUCUUUUCUUGGGAGCAGGGGGGAGAAUGAACGGCGGGAGGGUAAUUUACUGUACGAUGCUGCGACUAUUAUUAUUUUUUCUCCUGUUUUCUGUUUCCCCUCCUAUCUCUCACUCCCCCUCUCACUUUCUUUUUUUUCUGUAGAAAGAGAUGAUCUGGCGGCGGGUGAGUAUUUCCCUCUUCCUUUUCCCAUUUUCUAAUGAAUUGGGACAGAAAGAAGGACGAAUGGCAGCUGGAUUAUGGUGCGGUGAGUUAAAGCUUGAGGUGCGGAUGAGGGCGCAUUCCAUGGGUUAGGGAAAGUGACAACCCUCGAUUUCGGCACGCCCGUCUAAGCCUAACCUAACUACUUCCGGAAGUCAUAAGGCGUUGGCAGAGAUGCAUAGCCAAAGCAUGCUCAUGGGGUUCUUGGUUGUGCUUCUUGCGUGCUAGAGGAAAGUUGACUGACUUGACAGAAUAAGAAAACCAGACAAUAAUCGAGCACGUUGAUGCCAGGAUACCCGUAGGUGCGAAACGGGGAGAGUUAAAGUAGGUGUUGGGCUGCUAUGGGAAUUGAACUUGGGGAGCAGAGGGAACAAGUGGGUGGAGAUGUUGUACGGUAAGUGUAAGUCACUUGUAUUGACAUACUUGUAAUAAUAAUAAUACUGCGGUGGGAGGGAGCGUGAACUUUUACUGCCGUACGUGACUUCAAUGCGGGACACAGGAUCCGGGGGAGACAAACGAGGCCCUCCUGCUGCUACUACACGAGUAUUUCUUCUCUCUCACUUCUCCCUUUAGUUACCUUGCCUACUCUGCGAGUACAUUUGCCUACGGUGUGCUGGCCCCCAUCCACCCUCAACCGUAAUUGCAGAAUUGACGGUGGAAGUUUCCUUCUUUGCCCUCUUUUCUCUCCCCACUAUCUCUCCUCUGUUCCUCCUUUAUUCCUCUCCUCCCCUGCUCGCUCCACCAUUCAGUUUGACUUUUCUUAAUACCCCUUCGCUGCGUUGUUUGUCGUAAAUAUAUCUGUCUUUACUCUCCUUACAACCUCGUGGCACAGCUCCUCUCGGCUACUGGUAUUGUUUCUUGCUAUCAUAGUUCGCCCCAGACGUUGUGUGCCAUCACAGCCCGUCUCCCUUUUCCAUCACCAGCAACAACACCCCCGAAGAAACUCUUCUUCCACAACUGCCACGGUACUACCCUCCCAUCCGCCAUCGCUUCUACCAGGAGUGCUAACAGCACGAAGGAAAACGAGCGCUUGUCUACCUAUCGUGGUGAGAUUCUGCGGCCCACGAAGCUACGAGUCCGGAGCCCAACCGAGAGCCGUGGAAAGAGCUGGUUACUUUGUUUGCCUCAGACCAAUCGACUAGAGAAGAUCAGAGGACUGUCUGUGCAAAGGAGUGAAUUGCUCUUGAGCCCUUGUUAACCUCGUAAGGCUGAGAUUUCACCAGAACUCCGGUUUUUCCACGGUGGGUUUCUUGCACCCCCAAUCACGCAUUCCCCGCGCCCUCGAUCGUGGUGUCACCGUUUUGCUUUGUUUUUUCCCCCCUCUGCUCUUCCCAAGGGUUUUUUCCCAUUUCAGUUCAUCGUCAAUUCUAUUCCUUACCCCCUACCAUCUCUCCUCUUUCUAACCCUAACUAUCCUCCCUCUCUCUCUCUUCACGCCUACCCCACACGUCUGUCGCUCAAGUUGGCCCCAACCGUCUAUAUUUACUUCAAUUCUAUUGCAUGACUCGAUAUACAGGCCCACUUGGCUUUGUACCCUCUACUCGGUAGAUAUUUGGGCAACGUGUUUGUUGGUUGCUGGCGUUGGCUUUUCCUGUUCCCUGCAUCUGUGCACCCCAUGGAAGACAUCAGAGCUGACCACUGGAUUCCCGACUGUUAGUAACAGCAUAACUCGUCCGGUACUACUCAUCUUUCCUUCAGAAUGCCUACGUUCAAGCAUGUCACCUUAAACAUACAUACACCCCAGGAGCCCCCUGUUUCAACUGAAAACUUCUCGUGGGCCAAUACUGCUCACGCCCCCUUGCCGGAGUACGGGAAUCAUCGCUUGCGUAACACGGACAAAAUCACGAGUUACAUCCCCUCUACAACUAACUCGCCCUUUGCCAUCUCUAUUACCAUUUUAGAUUCCUAUCAGCCUAAGAAUGGAGGUGACGAGCGGGAGAGUCUUGCUGCCUAUGUUUACUUUGAUGGGCGCCAAAAGGAGGAGACAGCCACACUUCUUCGCCGUGGUGUCGAGACCUGGAUUAGUAGUAGAUGGGUUGAGGUGAAAGAAGGGGAACUUGCAGAAAGGGAGUUCGUUUUUAAGGAAGUUGGCCUCGAGAGCUUUCUGAGCGGCCUCGACCUCUCCAAAUCCGAGAGGGAGAGUAAUGCAAAGAACGGAGCUCGGAAGGGAGUGAAUAGGCGUCACAGCAUGCCGGCCAAAAUGAAAGCCAACACUGAUGAUGAUGAGGAAGAUGCUGAUGUUGGGAAGAAGGAAUCCGUUGGUCAAAUUCGGGUGGACUUGUUCAGGGUUCGUUGUGAAGGCCCAGUUCGCAGGGGUGUUUGGGGUGGUAUGUUUAAGGAUUCUCGCGGCGAUGAGGAUGACGAGUUUGGAGGCGGGGUGGAUGUGAGCCACACUGCUGGGUACGUUAUAUGAAUCCCACCUACUUUAGUAGCGGGAACAGUAAUCGGGUCGGCGAGAGGACUAUGACGUUUCUUGAACUAUUGGAUUAAUUACAUGGAGAGCUUAUGCGCAAAAUUUAUGGUCACAGGUUGUCGGAUCCGAAGCCCCUCGAUAGGGAGACGGUCUCGACCCAGAGCGUUAGCCACCUGGAUCCCGAGGGUGUGGUUUACGCCAGUUUCGUCUUCCUUUAUCGCGGAGAGCGUAAUGUCCCAUUUCUGCUUGGUUUGAACAGGUUACUAAUUCAACCCUUACAUAUUGCAGGCCAGCUGAAGAAGAUGGGACUGAUCAAACCACCCGCACCUAUCCGCGCUGAUUCUCUCUCGGCAGUUGCUCCUAGUAACUUCAAGAAGCAGGAUUUCGCAGCAAUGACUUCUGUUCUUGAGUCUCUGAUCGCCAAUGGUUCCGAGAAGAAUGGAGCUUCCAAGCGUUUUCACGAUUUCCGCGACGGUAACAAUGGGGCCGCUAAUGAAGAUGACGUGAAGCGCAAGAAUGGCAAAAAGAUUCCCGGCUUGGACGGAAGAGAUGAUGAGGUUGAGAGCCUUGUGGGAGAUGAAUUGGCUAGAGACGAGAGAGACAGCCUGCGUGAGAGGAUGAGGAGCGAGGAGGACGUGCGCCUCGAGGAAGAGCUCAUAGGUGGGGUAGAUAGGAUUAAGGUAUGCUUUUUUUAAAAAAUAAAAAAAACUCGAAAUCUUGGGUAGGUUCUCAUAAGCCUAGUUAAAACGUUCGCAUUCUACCUCCUCACUCCGAGAUUCUGGAUCCAAGGAUAAGGCGGCAACCCCACCCCCUAAUUUUUCCUCGAAUGGCAAAGCUAAAACCUUUGCGACUCCCGGCACGGAUGCGAUCAAGAAACCUGAGUCUGUCCACGCCAAUGGCCAUGAACCCGAAACUCCGUUGAAGAAGAGGCGUGGAAGUGGAGAUGUCGAUGUCAAGAGUCCUGCUAGAGGGCUCGGAUUUGGCAUGCAGACUACCCCAACCACAGGAUUCGGGGGCAAAGCCGAAUUCGGAGGGAUACUGGGGGGGAUGGAAUUGGAGGAGGAAAUUCUGUGAAGUCCGACAAUUGGAUGGCGGCACUAGCAGAACAAUAGUGGCGCGUCUCGUCGAUGCCGACGGCUAAACGAUUCCUCUUGCUUUUUUUCCUCCCCAGUGCAACUGGAUGGGCGAUUACCACGUUUACCCGUCUUGUUUCCUUGCUUUUUUUUACUUUUUUUUUACCUGCAGGGGUCGUAUUGGGAGAAGGUAUUCUGUGUCGAGCCUGCUCGUUUGUUGCGUAGAGAAAGGACUUGACAAUCACCGCAAGUUUUCUCGAGAUGGAACUCAAGCGCGGAUCACACAGUUACGCUGUUGGAAUACUUUUUUAUAUUAUUUCCUUGUUUUUUCUUCUAAUUACCCUUUUUCCUUUUGUCUUUACCAGACUGACCUGAGGGUAUGGCAUGAGGGAUUUAUAGACUUUUUUCUAGCCUUUAUAACCCCUCGACGCUUUUUUCCUUGUCUUCGCUGCACUGCACUUCACUUCACACCGUUCUUUUUUACACGUUUACGUACCCCUUUUGCUUUCCCUUGCAAUGUACUCCGUAUAUCCUCUGUCAGGUGUAACUUUUGUUCAAUAGCCCUUUUCCCCUCUAUUCCCCCCCCACAGGGCCCAGCAUGCGAAGAGGGAAGGGGCAACAAACAAUAAUCAUCCCUGUGUUCUUUUCAUAUAAAGUCUUCCGUUUGUACACCCUUCAUUCAAGCUUUCUCCUUCUUGGAGUAUAAGCAUGUUGCACACCAAGAGAGAACCCUGGAAGCUGCGGAGUUUCAUCAGUUAUAUAUUUUUGCUUUUAUUUAUUUAUUUGUUUAUCUAUUUCUCAUACCUACAUUACUAUGGGGGCUUGUUAUGCUUUACUUUUUGCGUGUACGCAUUAUACACGCGCAGGAACUACAGGUGGCAGCGGUAGCUAUCACUGAGCAUGGAUACGCAUAUUGUUAACCGCCAGCCAGUCGCCCAGUUCGUUACGUAUGGUUCCGAACGUAUAGUGUAAUAAGCGCUGGCGGUUCUUCAUGUUGGGUCCAACGUCUAGUAAUUGUCAGAGUUUCUUCUUGUGGAGUAUAUUAGUGGAAUUGAGCGACGGAAUUGGUCUACUUAGGGCUGAGGGAGGGGGGUGGGUAUUGGAUGGCAUAUUUGACAUCAUAAUUGACGCAGGCCCACUCUUCCACCCUUUUUUUCUGAGAAUGAAGCCAUACAUCUCUUCCAGGUUUUGCCAAACAGUCACCGCGCCUACCAGUGUUAUGUAGCCCUGGAUGUGUUUUAUCCCUAAUCUAUCAUACCUGCCAAUUAGUUAA